AUGAUAGAACGCCUUCAGAUACCACUAAUAGAUGCGGACAAAAUAGCUCGAGAAGUAGUCGAGCCCGGGAAACCCGCUUACAAGCAAAUAAUAAAGCACUUUUCGCGUGAUAUAUUACUAGAGGAUAACACAAUCGACCGAGUGAAACUGGGAAACAUUAUAUUUGCAAACGAAUCGAAACGGAAAGUUCUGAAUAGAUGCACGCAUCCGUAUAUUCAUCUGACAAUAGUUAAAUCGUUGAUGUGGUAUUGGUUGAUUGGGGAACGAAUGACGGUGUUGGACGUGCCGUUGUUGAUUGAAGGUGGAUUUCAUAAAUAUUUGAGUGCUGUUAUUGUUGUAUAUUGUGACCCUCGUCAUCCACGUAGUUCCGAACAGUUACAACUAACACGUCUUAUAAAGCGAGAUAAUCUAUCAGAGCAUGCGGCACGACAAAGAAUGGCCGUCCAAAUACCACUAAGCGAAAAAGUGAACUACGCCGACUAUGUCAUUGAUAAUUCAGGCGAACUGCAAGAAACGGAGCGACAGGUGAUUCGAGUGAUGAAAAAAGUUCGGCCAAAGUUAUGGAAUUGGUUGGCUGCUUGGGUGGGACCGCCGGUCGCAUUUGGAGUUAUUGCCAUGGCGCUUUUUCCAAAGUGA